UGUUACGAGGAGGCGUGCGGCCGACUUUUCCUGUGUGCAGGAUGUUCACGGAUAAUCGAUCGUGUGGGCUGUGAACGCCAGCCAGACAAAUCGAAUGAGACGCAUUAAAAAUAAAGAAGCGAGGCUCGAAGCGGGAGCUGCUGCCAUGUCGCUGGAAAACGACACCCAAGCCCCCAACCCGGGGUGCAAAAUCAUGACCUUCCGGCCAACCAUGGAGGAGUUCCGCGACUUUGGAAAGUACAUUGCAUACAUCGAGACCCAGGGGGCGCAUCGCGCUGGCUUGGCCAAGGUGGUCCCGCCGGAGGAGUGGAAGCCGCGGAAGUCCUACGAAACGAUCGAGGAGAUGGUGAUCCCGGCGCCGAUCAUGCAGGUGGUGACGGGGCAGUCCGGCCUUUUUACGCAGUACAACAUCCAGAAGAAGUCCAUGACCGUGGGCGAAUAUCGCAAACUGGCCAACAGCAAGAAGUAUUGCACACCUCACCACAAAGACUUUGAUGACUUGGAGAGGAAGUACUGGAAAAACCUGACGUUUGUGUCGCCAAUCUAUGGUGCGGAUAUCAGCGGAUCCCUGUACGAUGAGGAUGUUGCUGAGUGGAACAUCGGCCACCUGAACACUCUGCUGGACAUGGUGGAGCAGGAGUGCGGCAUUGUCAUCGAGGGGGUGAACACGCCCUACCUGUACUUUGGCAUGUGGAAGACCACCUUCGCCUGGCACACAGAGGAUAUGGACCUCUACAGCAUCAACUACCUGCACUUCGGGCAGCCCAAGUCUUGGUAUUCUGUCCCUCCCGAACACGGAAAGCGACUGGAGAGGCUGGCCCAAGGUUUCUUCCCUGGCAGUUCCCAGGGCUGUGAUGCUUUCCUUCGCCACAAGAUGACCCUGAUCUCGCCCUCCAUUUUAAAGAAAUACAGCAUUCCGUUUAACAGGGUCACCCAAGAAGCAGGGGAGUUCAUGAUCACCUUUCCCUAUGGCUAUCAUGCUGGGUUCAACCACGGCUUCAACUGCGCCGAGUCCACCAACUUUGCCACCCUGCGUUGGAUCGACUAUGGCAAGAUGGCCACUCAGUGCACCUGCCGCAAGGACAUGGUGAAGAUCUCCAUGGAUGUGUUUGUGCGCCUCCUGCAGCCAGAACGCUAUGAACUGUGGAAGCAGGGCAAGGACACAACGGUUCUGGAUCACCUGAAGCCCACCACUCUGAACAGCCCUGAACUGGAGCUGUGGAGGAAAAACCGAGUCACAUACAAGGAGAGGCUGUUGCGCAGGGCCUUGCAGAAGAAGAAGCAGUUUCGCCGUCUGAAGCUGGAAGAGAUCAAGGUGUUGGCUGAUGAAGGCAUCGAGCUAGACCUAGCUGACUACCAGCGGCAGGUGGAGCACUGGGAUGCCCAGAGGCGGCAGAACAAGGAAGAAAGGAUGGUCCGGCAGGCUCUGAAGACUUUGGAAGCCCUGGAACGAGAAGAGCAAAAAGUGGCAUUGGCUGGUCCCAGCGAGGGGGCAUUAGAACGACAGCAGCAAGGGCUGGAAGAUGAGAAUAAGAAGAAAAAGAGGAAAAAGAAGAAGAAGAAGCUGGAAGAGAGUGGUGAAGAUGCAGGCAAAACUCUGUUGGCUAAAGUGGGACAGGGCAGCCAGGAGGAUUUCAUCAUCCCCACCAUGUUUGUUAGCCCCAAGACCAAGAAGACUAGUUUGUCCUUCCAGGAAGCAUUUGAACUGUUUGCCACCUCCAUGGCAGGUGAAGGCCGCAUGGACAAGGGGGCCAGUGAUGGUGAGGCAUCACCAGAGGCCAGAGCUGAGAAAAAACCUAUGCUGUCAAACACCUCUUCCUAUACCAAGUUGAAAAUGGGUGUGGAGGUGAAGAAGAGCCGCAGGCACCCGUUCGGCAAGCCGCCCAUGCGCUCCCCACUGUCAAUCGUCAAACAGGAGGCCUCCAGUGAUGAAGAGCUUUACUCCUCCAUGGCUGUAGAUGACGACACAGAACCGGACACAAAGAAGGUGCAGUGGCUUUUGGGACAGGAACGCUUGCCCAACUUUGUGGCUGAGCGGCGGUUCAACGCAUCCAUGGCGACUAUGCAUCCGUAUUGCGCCAUCUGUAUGCUUUUCUCUCCUUACAAACAGCCCCAGGAGGAUCCCGCUCACCCCAAGGACUGCCCAAGUAGCACAGUGCUCCAGCCCGGCAGCCGCACCCGCCCACUUGUCCCGGAGAUGUGCUUCAGCUCAGGGGCUGACAACAUGGAGCCCCUCCCUUCCAAUUCGCAUGUGGCUGAGGACGGCACCAGCGUUCUGCUUUCCUGCUCCACCUGCAGCCUGCAGGUCCAUGCCAGCUGCUAUGGUGUGAGACCCGACCAGCCGAAGGAAGACUGGGUGUGCUCUCGAUGUGCAGCUAGCGCCUGGACAGUGGAUUGCUGUCUCUGCACUUUGCCCGGAGGAGCCCUGAAGGAGACCACAGAUGGAAGGUGGGUGCAUGUCAUCUGUGCCAUCGGUGUAGCAGAGGCACGAUUUGUCAACACCAUUGAGCGGGAGCCUGUGGACGUCGGCGCCAUCCCAGAGAUACGGAGGAACCUGAAAUGUCUUUACUGCCACAAAUCCACAAAGGAGACCCGUGGUGCCUGCAUCCAGUGCUCCUUCGAGAACUGCUCCACUUCCUUCCACGUAACUUGUGCGCGCAACGCCGGGGUCGUCAUGAAGCCAGCCGAUUGGCCGUAUCUGGUGUCGGUCACCUGUCACAAGCACAAUCCCACCAACAUCAAGUCCCGGCCGACAUCUCGUGAGCUGUCACUGGGCCAGAGGGUGAUUGGGCGGAACAGGGACAGUUGCUAUUACCACUGCAUCAUCAUUGGCAUGGCUACAGAAAUACUAUAUGAGGUCAACUACGAUGAUGGCUCCUACUGUGACAACCUGUUUCCUGAGAAUGUGGUGAACCAGGAUUGCCUACGCUCUGGUCCACCAGAGGUUGGGGAGCUCAUCCAGGUGUAUUCCAUGGAAGGCAAGGUGGAGAACGCAUCCUUUGUGAGGGUGCAUGUCCUUAAGCACUACCAGGUGGAGUUUGAGGACAAGACCCAGAUGACUCUGAAGCGCAGUGAGCUCCAUACGUUGGACCAAGAGCUGCCCAAGAGGGUCAGAUGUCGCUUGUCCUUAACACCUGCCAGCUGCCAGCCAGCCCCUUUGUCAGGAGAUGAAGCUCGGGCACCUAAGAGGCCCCGCCUGCCCACCCCACCCCCCCGGGCGAUGACUUUGGUCCGUCCUCAUGCUCUGGGCUCCUCGUCCCCCUCCUCAGAACGUACCGAUGCUUCCGGUGCUGUCGAUGCCUCAAGCUCCCCAGCCCCACCUCUCACGGCCACCCCCACUGCCAGUACUUUCCAUGACCCUGCCUUCAUGACUGCGGCCUUGCUCGGCUCCACUGCCCCUCCUUCAGACAUAGCCACCCAGGGGCCUAUGGAUGACUACACUCCCAGCUCGGGUUACGUGUCCUUCAUGCAGUCCCUGCUACAGGCACACUACCCUCAUGAGGGUGGUUCUAGUUCUAUGCUUUGAAUUAACAAAUCCCAGAAAACACUAGGCCAGACCAGUCCACUCCUCCUUUAACACAUGUGUAUGUUCACCUACAGCCAUGGUUGCAUCUUUGGUGUCCCUAAAGAGGGACAGUGGUUCAGCAGCCCUUCUACUCAACUUUUAUUGUCUUUACUGAAUAAAGACUUGGCUGGGUGUCAUCUGCUAGCAUUAAUCUCUCCGUUUCAGUAUCUCUAAAUGUUUUUGUACAACAUGAUGAAGCCACAAAAAAGUAAAAAAUUUAGAGGGCAAUUUAUUAGUCUGUACAGUUUCAGUAAGGUAUUUUUGUGUGUUGGGUUGGGGUGGGGGUGCUAAACACAUAUUUAAUGUACGUCGUUCAGUAUAAAGAAAAUAUUUGUAUAAAGAGAAAAAUGUUGAAUACAGCAAAGUUUCCAGUUUCUCUGCAGCAAUAUUGUGAAUCUUGUAAAGACACUCUUUUAAUAAGAUACUUAUAUCCAUUUUUGUUUUACCUGUAUACAAAUAGGAAAUUAUAAACAUAUUUUGUUUCCCACACUAUGAAGUUGUUUUAUAACAUUCUUUUGUAAAAGUAUGAAUCUGAUGUGGCAGUACUUUGCCUGUCCUGAAAAUAUGUGUGUUUGUGUGUAUGUAUGUAUGUAUGUAUGUACUUUUUUGUAAAUGUCUUCAUUUUCACCUACUCAGACAAUUGAUAGUUUGAAAAUAUAUAGUAUAUGCUAAGAUUUAAUGUAUUCAGUCAUAGCUUAAAAAAAAAGGUCGUUGACACAUUUUGCAAGGUGCUACCAAUAAUUUGUACUCCUCUAUACAUUUUAGGGGUUUGUGUGUGUGUGUGUGUGUGUGUGUGUGUGUGUGUGUGAGUGAGUGAGAGAGAGAGAGAGAGAUUGUGAUCACGAUUAAUUUUGUGUUAUUCAGCUGCGUUUUUCUGUCAUUUUAGUAAUGUCUAUAAUAAAAUGACCGAUUAUGCACACCAGCACGGGAGAGCGCCGAGACAUAUCAGAGGAACUGGAAGUGCUUGCAGGCCCCAGUGCUCUCUUUCUCUGCUCUUGAGAUAGGAAGUCAGGCUCUCCUUCUGUUCUCCUUGCAUUCUCCUUGAAGAACGGGCUUGCAGCUUGGCCACCACCCGCUUUCCCACUGUUUCCCUGUAUUCGCCUUUGUCCUAAUGGGCCAAUUGCGCUCAGCAGAGGCGUAACUACACCUAUUACCGCAUCGACUCUCCUGCAUCCGUUGCCGCAGCAGAAGCAUGGGGCUUCGCUCUGCAGGGUCCCAGGGAGAUUGGGAACUAUCGGGGGGUGCUUUUUCAUAUCUCUGAAAUAGCUGGAUGUUUAGCCCUGCUUGACUAAACAGGAGAAGGGCAGUAUGGAAUAUCACCCCAGACACAGUUGGGAGUGGUGCCACUAAACUGCUCCGUGGGCACACUGACACUGUGCGGUUUGAACGGUAAAACACAUUCACCUCAAGUAUGGGAAGAGCAUAGGUGCGUUUUGAGAAAUGAGAACUUGUGCGUUUGGAGAAACAAUCAGUUUUGGUUGCGUGCUAACAGACCUUCCUGCUGUACCCUUGAAACCCACGAUUGGUGUGCGUGCUAAACGCCCAAGGGAUAUCACUAAACUGCGGCGCUCGACACUGAAGGCCUGUUUUUCAUGUUCAACAGGAGGUGCGGCAUCACACUCCUGUCCACAUUACAAACGUAAUGUACAGUGUUCUGUCUUUUGUCAACUAAAGACGUAUUUGUUCAACUUGCUAAACUUAUUUUUGUGGACAAUGGUGUUGUACAAGUAUGAUGGGAAUGUGUUAAAAGCUGUUGGAUUCAAAGAUUUAUUUUCUCUGGGAUUCUAACUGAUUUGCAAAAACUUUUGUAACCACAAAGGCAUACCGACAGAAAGUGAAAGAGACUACUUAGGAUGUUUGUAAGUGUUACUCAGUACUUCCUAUAGAGCGACAAAUUAUUAAAAACUUGUGAGACCUCUGCAUUGUGUUUUUUUUUUUUUUUUUUCUUCAUCUCUGACCUGCUUGAGAGAUUCAGAGUAAUUUACUGGCCUUAAGACACUUUAAAUAAUAACAUGUUUUUCUGAUUAAGAAAAUGCCCAUCCCUUUGGGGUAGUCAAAGAAUCUGUUCACGUGUAGACUAAAUGAAUAAAUCCACUAUAACACAUUGAUUGGUUGAUGGCAUAAGUUUAAUACACUGGGUUUA